AUUUCUUCGAUUUGAUACAAGAAUCAAGCUAGUCUAAAACAAAAAAUUAACCACCUGCAAGGAUUCACGGGGAUCGUAGUCGAUAGUUCAACGGAUUCGAACGAACUAGCCAGAGCGAUGCUAUUGCGUUCAUAAUGGCAGACAACAGUGUACCUUCACCGCGUAAGCGAGCACACGACGAAGCGUCAGACGACUCUUCAGACGAUGAUUUUGGACCCGCGAUCCCUUCAUCUGCGCCCGCACCUAAGAAAAGGAAGAAACUCCCCUAUGAGAAGCUUUACAUAGCAGCCCUUCCCGCAUCUCCUCGAUACAGCAAAUCGCUUAUGCACAAAGAGCAACUGUCUUAUGUGAACUUUACACCGUCCACCGACUUCUUAAUCACAAGUUCGAUAGACGGUACAGUCAAAUUUUGGAAGAAGGUACCGAAUGGUAUAGAAUUCGUGAAAGAGUUUAGGGCACACAAUGGCGAGAUCAAAAGCGUUAGUGUCAGCGCUGAUGGACGAAGCUAUGCAACUGCGGGUAUAGAUGGGACGGUAAAGAUAUUUGAUGUCGUCACUUUCGAUCUCUUAGCCAUGAUACAAUUCGAUGAUAUGCCCAGCAUUGUAUGCUGGGUUCAUAAGAAAGGAGCAAGUCUACCUCUUCUUGCGGUUGGCAUGGCCGACAAAGCUGAAAUACGAGUUUUUGACGGACGAGGGGAGAAUCAAACGCCCCUUCAUGUCUUGAAAAACUUACAUCGAACUCCUGUUGCUACUAUGGCAUUCAACAAUGAAUACGACUGCGUAGUUUCGGCCGACGAAGGUGGUAUGGUUGAAUAUUGGAGCCCUAGUAGCAACUACGAGAAACCCGACAACGUGUGGAGCAUGAAGAGCUCCACAAGCCUUUUCGAAUUCAAAAAGGCGAAAAGCGCACCUGUAUCGAUCAUUAUAUCGCCUUCUGGAACAUAUUUUAGCACAUUCUCAUUUCCUGAUCGUAAAAUUCGUAUUUUCGAAUUCGCAACUGGCAAGUUGUAUCGAACAUAUGAUGAAAGCCUUACUGCCAUUUCGGAGAUGCAACAGGCGGGCACCGCGCUCACGCAAUUGGAUGAUCUCGAGUUCGGCAGACGGAUGGCUGCAGAGAAAGAGCUUGAGAAUCCGUUGAUCAGAUCCAAGAUUAACGUCAUAUUUGACGAGUCGAGUAAUUUUAUUUUAUACGGCUCAUUAGACGGGAUAAAGGUAGUCAAUACCUUUACAAAUCGCGUUGUCAGGUUGUAUGGCCAAGAGGAGUCUUUUCGGGCUCUUAACUUGUCCUUAUAUCAAGGUCAACCCCAACAAAAGAAGGUCGUCACCAUAGAAAUGGCAGCGAGUGCCAAUCCUCUUCUAGCAGAGGCGGAGACACGUGACGCGAUGCUCGUUACUACCGGAGCAGGAAAGGUACGCUUUUUCAUGUUUACGAAUGAGAUGGAUGUUUCAAAGUCAACGCGAGACGUACAAAACGAGAAGCCUCGCGAGCUAGGCAGUAUGAAGAUGCAGGACAAAAAAAACGAAGAAGGAGUCAGAAGUACUGCUGCUAUCCUGCACACCACAUAUGGAGAUAUACAUCUCAGACUAUUUCCCGAUGCGGCACCAAAGGCGGUAGAGAACUUCGUCACGCAUGCGCGGAAUGGCUAUUAUAACAACGUCAUCUUUCAUCGUGUAAUACGGAAGUUCAUGAUCCAGACAGGAGACCCCAUGGGCGAUGGUACUGGCGGAGAAAGUAUAUGGGGUAAGAACUUUGAGGAUGAAUUCUCGAGCCUAAAACACGACAAACCGUAUACAGUCAGUAUGGCUAAUGCUGGCCCGAACACAAACGGGAGUCAAUUCUUCAUCACAACUGAGAGAACACCGUGGCUUGACGGAAAGCAUACGAUAUUUGGAAGAGCCGUACAAGGACUAGACGUCGUGCAUAAGAUUGAGAACGCAAGGGUUUACAAAGAGAAGCCCGAAGAAGACAUCAAAAUCAUCAACAUCUCUGUCUUGUAGCGCUCAUGAGCGUGCCAAGUCAAUUACUUGUUGACAUCAAUCUGAGCUGUUAAAUGAGUAUGGCUAAUUUAAUGACAUAAUCCAUGCAAGCAAUCAAGAUCCUAGCUAGCCACAUGAGCUCAGCAAAAACUAACUUGUGGCAUACGGUAUUGUGCAUUUUGCAUGAAUUGUUAAUCUGUGGUCAAACGAGUUCAACGCAGGCAAAGCUAGCAUUUUCAACUUGCAUGAAAUGUAACAGAAGAGCAAGCCAGAGAUUCUAGGACAUGCUUAGAAAAUAUUGUUGUCUUGUGUAAUACGCCCAAACCUGUACAACAGGAAACGCCAGCAACUUUACGGAUUUACAGGGACAACAUAGGGUUAAGGACCCAUAUCAAACAUCAUGUCUUAA